AUGAAAAAUCUCUCACUUUUCGGGAGUUUACCUGGUGGUUACAACGUGGAAAACACGCUAUCUGUGUACCAAAUUUACCAAGUCUCUAACUCCAUCCUGGAGAGUCUAGGCAAACUUCACUACCCGGAUACCUCUGAUCCGACUGCCUACCCGGAUACCUCUGAUCCGACUGCCUACCCGGAUACCUCUGAUCCUACUGCCUACCCGGAUACCUCUGAUCCCGACUGCCUACCGGGUACCUCUGACCAGACUGCCUACCCGGGUACCUCUGACCAGACUGCCUACCCGGGUACCUCUGACCAGACUGCCUACCCGGGUACCUCUGACCAGACUGCCUACCUGGGACUGCCUACCCGGGUACCUCUGACCAGACUGCCUACCCGGAUACCUCUGAUCCGACUGGCCUACCCGGAUACCUCUGACCAGACUGCCUACUCGGAUACCUCUGAUCCGACUGCCUACCCGGAUACCUCUGAUCCGACUGCCUACCCGGAUACCUCUGAUCCGACUGCCUACCCGGAUACCUCUGAUCCGACUGCCUACCCGGAUACCUCUGAUCCUACUGCCUACCCGGAUACCUCUGAUCCGACUGCCUACCCGGGUACCUCUGACCAGACUGCCUACCCGGGUACCUCUGACCAGACUGCCUACCCGGGUACCUCUGACCAGACUGCCUACCCGGGUACCUCUGACCAGACUGCCUACCCGGACUGCCUACCCGGAUACCUCGAUCCGACUGCCUACCCGGAUACCUCUGACCAGACUGCCUACUCGGAUACCUCUGAUCCGACUGCCUACCCGGAUACCUCUGAUCCGACUGCCUACCCGGAUACCUCUGACCUGACUGCCUACCCGGGUACCUCUGACCAGACUGCCUACCCGGGUACCUCUGACCAGACUGCCUAUCCGGGUACCUCUGACCAGACUGCCUACCCGGGUACCUCUGACCAGACUGCCUACCCGACCACCUCUGACCAGACUUCCUACCCGGGUUCCUCUGACCAGACUGCCUACCCGAGCACCUCUGACCAGACUGCCUACCCGAGCACCUCUGACCAGACUGCCUAA